CCUUCCUCAAAUUUCGCAAGCGCGAGCGCAGAAGAGUAGGUUCCCGGAAGCCCAGCACAGCUGCAGCAGCAGGGGCCGCAGCUGGAGGCUGCAGUGCCUGAGGGGCGGGCAAAGGCGAGGAUCUGCCCAUAGGAAGGACGGGGCGUCUUCGCCCCCCGCGCCCCGCGCACAUCUGGGGCGGCCCAUGCUCCGGCCUUCAGCGAGCUUUAACAUCUGGGGCCAGAAGGGAGCAGCCGGGUCCUGCGCGCAGUUGGCGCGGCAGAUGCGCCGGGCCGGAAGGUGAGGCCGUGCGGCGGGGCUGGGACAGAGCUGGCACCUCCGGAUCGGGCCCUGGGUGGCAAGGGGGCCGCCGCGAUGCCAAGCGAAAAUAUCUUCCUGUUUGUGCCUAACCUCAUCGGUUAUGCCCGGAUUGUCUUCGCCAUCAUUUCUUUCUACUUCAUGCCCUGCUGCCCCCUCACGGCCUCCUCCUUCUACCUGCUCAGCGGACUUCUGGACGCUUUCGAUGGACACGCCGCUAGAGUGCUUAAUCAAGGGACCCGAUUUGGGGCCAUGCUGGACAUGCUGACAGACCGCUGCUCCACCAUGUGUCUGCUGGUCAACCUGGCCCUGCUGUACCCUCGCGCCACCCUUCUAUUCCAACUCAGCAUGAGCUUGGAUGUGGCCAGCCACUGGCUGCACCUCCACAGUUCUGUGGUCCGAGGCAGUGAAAGUCACAAGAUGAUUGACCUGUCUGGAAAUCCAGUGCUUCGCAUCUACUACACCUCCAGGGCUGCCUUGUUUACCCUGUGUGCUGGAAACGAGCUCUUCUACUGCCUCCUCUACCUAUUCAGUUUCUCCGAGGGACCUUUAGUUGGCUCUGUGGGUCUUUUCCGAAUGGGCCUCUGGAUCACAGCUCCUAUCUCCUUGCUCAAGUCCCUCAUCAGUGUCAUCCACCUGAUCACAGCUGCCCGAAAUAUGGCUGCCCUGGAUGCGGCAGACCGUGCCAAGAAGAAGUGACUCUAGAACCUCCAGCCCCUGGCUACCCACCUGCCCUGGGAGUCUCACUGUGCUAUGUGGCUCCCCUCUCCCUCCUAGGAGGUCCAGGCUCACAUCUGGGUCACUGGGAAGGGGGUCAGUCUCUGAUGAUGUCGUAUUCUUCAUAAUCCUGAAGGCCAGUCCCUCCCCUGUGAUCCCCAAGGACCUGGACUCCCAAGUCAGGAAGGCUGCUCAGGAGGCCCCACCCACAUGGGCGGUGCUUCCGGGGCACCUAGAGGCCUGUCUGAAGACUGGCCAUUGUCAUACCUGCUGGCCUGGCCCUGGGGUCUGGCUUGGCCUGAGACUUUACGGACACUUGAGUGAGGGGGAUGGGGUAGGGGCCAGGUUUCCCAAAAAGCAGAGUCAGACUUCUGCCCCCAGCCAGAGGAAGGCUGCAGGUACUGUGGCCAGGAGAGAAGGAGCCAUCUAGAUCUCUUCCUGUUGUGGUGUCCUCUAUCUGAUCUAUCCUAGCUCUGAAAGCCUCAAUAAUAAAGAUGGGGGCUUCACUGUCCUGGACUUCA